GCUAUCUAUGCUAACUAUUUUUAACGUAGCGAAAAUUGGGAAAACUGUCUAACGAUCACAAUGUAGAAUUAAUUCGAUUUUAUUUUAAAAAAAAUAUAAAAAAAAUAGAAAAGAAAAGAAAAGAAAGAAAGUGAUUGUUUCCCCGAAUAUUGAUGAUGAAAAGGAUAAUUUGAUUUGCAAGGAAAAAAGAAGAAAACCACAAGAUGCCACCGCCGAAACGUGUACCAGUGCAUGUGCCAAAAAAGACAAGUCCCAGUGUAGCGUACGAAGUGUUAAUCUAUUUGAAUUCAUUUUAUUUCGGUAUGUUUGCUUGCUGUGAGCUUAGUAUGGGUUUAUUAAAAGCGAUCAAUUUAACUUAUACGGGCAGUGCUCUGGCCAAGGAUUCAAUCGUAUUAGUAGGCAUAUGCGUCUUGGAAACUGUACGCAUUAUAAUGGGUCGUAAAGGUUCAUUAGCUGAUCGAGGCUGGCCAGUAAUAUUAUCGGUUUUCAUGACUGUUCCAUGCUUUCUUGGUGUCUCCUAUUUAUUAGUUUUACAAGCGUAUAAAUUACGUUUAGAAUAUGUACUCUGUACAUUGCAAUUAGGACUAUAUAUGGCCGAAGUCUGGUAUGCAAUAUUGUUCGUUUUUUCACUAUGUCGUCCAGUUACUUAUGAUUAGGCCUAAUGAAAUUUUUACACUCGCACAUACACACACACACACACA